AGGCCGGCCUCCUGCACAGAUCUGCCAGUGCACAGAUGGAUCCAACCAGCGUGCUGCGAAGUGAGAGAGCUGACAAUCCACAUGCAGUGCAGAUCAGUUAGUGCACACGAAGGACGUUAAACCCGAGAUCAGAGGACAGCUUUCAACAGGAAGUGAAACUGAGAGGUGCAAGGACUUCACACUGACCAGGAAAAACACUGUUUGUCUUUUCCCUGCUCCUUAAUGCCGAGGCCUGUCCCGGAGGAAAACAACAUGUCAGCAGAUUCAGCGAAGCAGCCAGAGAAGACGGCUGCUCCAGGACCUGCAGAUGAGACCGAUAAACCACAGGAAAUUCUCACUGAGGAUCGCACCCAGAUGUUACAGACAGACGCUGAAGAAGAGCCCAAGAUCAGGGCUGACUUCCUGAAAUACUCGUGUGAAAUAACGCUCGAUCCAAACACAGCAAGCGCUUGUCUGCUGUUAUCCGAGGGGAACCGAAAAGCAACAAAUAUGCACGAAGAUCAGGGGUAUCCGAGCCACCCGGACAGAUUCCUGGAAGGGUCUCUGGUCCUGGGUAAAGAGGCUCUGACCGGACGCCAUUACUGGGAGGUGGAGAGGAGCGGGGGGUCGGUCUCUGUCGCCGUCUCAUACAAAGACAUCAGCAAAACGGGAACUGGAAGUAAUUUUGGAUGCAACGACACGUCCUGGGCUCUGGAUUGUUUCAACAACCGUUACGUAGUCAGACACAUGUACAUCCACGCUGCCGCACCCCACCCAAUGUCCUGCAGAGUGGGGGUGUACCUGGACCACGGGGCAGGCAUCCUGUCCUUCUACAGCAUCUCCGACACCAUGACCCUCCUCCACAGAUACCAGACCGCGUUCACUCGGCCGCUCUAUGCCGGACUUUGGGUUCACGGGGACACAUCCGCUGCUACUGUUGUGUGCCACGAAGCCUCAAGUUGACCAGUUUGUCUUUUGCUGCCUUAAAUGUAAAUGUCCCAAAAUGUGUUGCUUUUUGUAAUGUUACGGGGAGCUUGUAAUUGUCAGUUGACAUUUAACGUUCAAACUUUGCCUUAAACCGGCGGCGACCAAAGCUUUGUCUUAAAGCUGCAUUCUCUCUAGUGUCCAUCAGGGGGCGACUCCUCUGGUUGUAUAGAAGUCUAUGA